ACUUCCGGGUUAGGCACGUUGUUAUUAUACUUUAGUAGUAAUGACUGUAUUAUGACAUUGACGAGUAUUUCUAUGUAGCGACAUCAUCAAAAAAGCUGUGUUUCAGGAGAACUAUUCAACUAUCUCGUUAGCUGUUAAUGACCAUACAUCUAAAAUACGAUGAGCACACCGGACAUACAUGCCAAUGGGUCAGUGGGGAAGAAAGCAAAACUGAUGACAGAGCUGGAACAAUUCGACGAAAUAUUUCCGGAGCUGGUGGACUUGCUUGUGAAUCCUGGCCUAAAUGAUCCAGAGAAAGCAGACGCCUACCGCUGGUUUAAGGAGGUACUAGAAUACAAUGUUCCCCAUGGGAAGAAGAACAGAGGGAUAUUUGUUGUCAUGGCAUAUAAGCAUUUACAUCCUAAUGCAAAUGACGCCGAUCUAAAAAUUGCCCGCAUACUAGGAUGGUGUAUAGAAUUGCUGCAAGCGUUCUUUCUGGUCACCGAUGAUGUAAUGGAUCAGUCAUUCACAAGGAGAGGAAAACCUUGUUGGUUUAGAAAGGAGAAGGUCGGUCUGGAGGCUGUGAAUGACGCCGUGUACUUGGAGGCAUGCGUCUACCGUAUUCUGAAGCACUACAUUCGGUCAAAACCUCAUUAUGUCGACAUUAUGGAGCUCUUCCAUGAGAUAACCUUGAGCACAAUAACCGGCCAAUGUCUGGACAUGACGGUAUCACCUGCCCCAGGAACUGUAGACUUCGCCAAAUACACACUGGAAAAAUACAACGCCAUCGUGAAGUGGAAAACCGCCUUCUACUCAUUCUAUCUUCCCGUGGCAGUGGCCAUGUACAUGGUUGGUGAAGCCGAAGAAGAAAAUCACAUGGCUGCAAAGACUAUUUUGUUGAAAAUGGGACAGUAUUUCCAAGUCCAGGAUGACUACCUGGACUGCUACGGUGCUCCGGAUGUGAUCGGGAAGAUCGGUACUGAUAUUCAGGACAACAAAUGCAGCUGGCUGGUCGUCACCGCCCUCAGUCGGGCCUCGCCCCAUCAGGUUCAAAUUCUACAGACAAAUUACGGCAGCUCAGAUGAACAAAAGGUAGCGAAAGUUAAACAGCUAUUUAAGGAGCUUAACCUUGAACAAGCUUUUCGAGAAUUCGAGGAAACUAGCUACACAGAAAUAACAGAGUUAAUAGACACAUAUGAAGGACGAUUACCAAAACAACUUUUUACAGAACUUGUUCAAAAGAUUUACAAAAGAAAUAAAUGAAAAUGUGUCCAAUUAAGUGAACAUUGUUAUGGCAAUUGUAGAGCGUUAUAGUGUUGUUUAAUGUAGACAUAUCUGUGUGAAAUAUAUAUAUACAGCUGAGACGUGAAAUGUGAAACACUGGUACAGCUGAUUAUUAUUUUUGUAACUGGUCGCAAUCUCGACCUGUAUGCGACGUGUACAACACGUAGUGCAUUAUUCAUUCAAUGGUGUGAUUGCGGUGAUUUUGAACAAAAAUGGCAUGAUUGUAAAACAAAUUGUUUUCAAUACAGAGCCAUGACUAUGUGACAGAGGUCAGGAGUAACAUAAAUAUAUAGAGUAUGUACUUCUAACUCUGUCUUGAUGUAUUUUUUUCUCGACCGUUUUCUAAGAAAAUACUCGGACUAUUGCAAACGUCUUGGUGUCGUCGGCGUUGGGCAAAUCUUUAACCUUGCCUGUUAGUAAAAAAUAUGAAAUUUGGUACAAAUGUUGACCGAGACAAUACCUACAUGUAAAGAGGGACGGAUAACUCGGGAUUUUAUCAUUAUUGGAUAAAAUUGACAUUGAGUUAUGCCCCAUUGUUCUACCUAAUAAACUAAUAACAGGCGAGCGUUGGCGUUUGUAUAGCGGCGCUCUUGUUAUUUUUUUAUCAUAAUCUUCUAGGUCUUAUUGUAUUUGAGGUAACAUGGCUUACUCGUGUAUUGUGUCGCGUAAAUAAAAUGUCUUAGUGUG